AUGGACGUUCGGGAUGCCACUAUCAAGGACCACUACGAUGACCGCGACAGCUCUGACUUGGCCGUCAACAGCGAGUAUGUCGCGUCUCCUGGUCCGGACGGCAUAGUCAUUCGAAAGAUCUCUGCCAGUCACGAAGACAAGUAUACCGUUCGAUAUCAAUCUAGAUCGCAACGAUGUCUGGCCCUGGCCUUCAGUCCAUUGAGGCUGAACCUUUUGGCUGCUGCAAAUGGGCCACAAGUUUUGAUCUUCGACGUGGAGAAAAGGCGAGCUCGUAAUGUCUUGAAGGGCAAUGGCAGAGUCGUUACUCACAUUGCUUGGGCUCAUGACGAUCCCAGAGCGCUUGCCACUGGUUCGGCUGAUGGAGCGAUAUGCAUCUGGUCCUUGAGAACAUCAUCUACGCCGCUGUAUCAGCUGCGAGGCAUAAAUUCUCCGUGCUAUGCGAUCGCUUUCAAGUCGGACGAUUGGCGAUAUCUGGCAGCCAGUCACGAUGGUUCAGUGUCAACCUGGAAUGUUGCCCGGAACCGUCCCAUUGCAGUCUCUCGACGCCGAAGCUUGAAGCCAAAAGUGUUUCGCUGGACCCAAACCAACCGCGGAACGAUUCUGAAUAUCAGCCCUGAGGGCACUGUUGAACUCUUGAAGGUUCCCAAUCCACUGGAGGCGCCCGGCCUCACGCGAUUGGCGUCUAUACAUGAGGAUUUGGACAACGAUGAUACGCCUUGGUAUCACUCUGAUAACGCAAGCUUGUCCCUGCUGGUAACUUUCGAGGUGGGCUAUCGGAUCAGGCAAGCUAGCGCAUUCGGUCGCCACGGAAUAGUAGUACUGCCUUUCCAAAGCACGACCUUAUUCUUCUAUGCUUAUCCUAUGGAUCAUGGAGAACUCAUGGAGCUGUGGCGGUUACAUGCCGAUAUCUUGAUCGACAGCUUUGCCACUAUCAGCCGCAACAACGCUGCAAACGUACUCGUUUCUUAUGCGACGUCGGCACAAUCAUAUACUGUGCCCGUGCAAGUGCUCGAUGGCAUGGGUUGGGAAGCAGAGCGAAAGGCUCUACAGCAGACGGUGAUCCGUGACAGUGGUUCAAAGCCUUCCGGCGUUGCCAAAGGCAUGAUGAGAGCUGAGCCCAGUCGCCGUGUCAAGAUUAUUUCGUCCCGGAGCCCUUUACUGUCACCAACGCCCGAGGCUGUCAUCAAGUCACCAGUCAAGCAGAAAAGGAAAGCACAAAAGAAGCUUCCCAGGGUCGAAGAGUCAGGAUCUGAAACUCCUAUCUCUCGAGCAAUGACCUCGAGCCUCGAGCUGCCUAAUGAAAGCAAUGCGGACGGAGACGAGAACGAUUCUCCGAUGCCAUUCUUGUCGCCCUCAAUUCCGGCGCGCAAGGUGUCUCCUGGUUCGAUGCUGGCACCGCUUGACGAGAGUUUAUAUCUUCCUCCACCACGAGCAUCAUUCGAUUCUAUCAGCACCAUGGCCACGAAUGACAAUGACAGCGACUCUGAUGAUGAGACGUUCGCGGCAGACAUGCAGGGCAGUAGCUCUUACUUGCCUGGGGGUGUCAACGUGCCUCUUCCAAGAAGUUGUGGGGCGGCUUUCAAUGCAAAUGGUCAACUUCUGACCUUCUUCCCCACAAGGUACGAAGAUCAGAUAGAGCUGCAGCCACAGCAAAACGAGGUGACUCGGUCCGCAGGCCGCGGUACUAGAACCACGCAGCUGUUCCCUAGCUUCGGGAACUUGGCGUCGUCCUCACCUAGCCGAGAUAGUGUCCUGGAUAGCGAUAAUGAGUCCAAUGCCGAGAAGACCGAGCCUACUGUACCGCAAUUCGCCAUAAAGCCGUCGUCUUUCGACAGCAGGCCAUCGUGGAAGCUCAAGACAUCACCUAUCAAGGCCACUUCUGCUACUUUCUUCAAUGGAGGUACUGUCAACGUCUCGGUGCAUAAUGUCGAGGAACUGACACCUACGCGUAAAUUGCUCGCUGCCAAGUAUCGGAUGCUGCAAGACGAUACAGAGGAUCUAGGUAAGGUCUGUCGUGAGAACGCUAGCUCUGCUGAGGAUGAGGACUUGCCUGCAACGGCUGAUCUUUGGCGCCUGCUGGCACUCCUGCCCGAAUCAACAGCCGCAGAUGGCUAUCAGCCCCAACGAUCUAAUGACAUGUCUGUUGUAUCGACGGGUUACGCUGGUCUUGAAACCUCGAUGAACAAUUCCCUCGCCCAGCCCCUUGCUGGACUGCCUAGCGGAUCGACAAACCUGACGUUCCCAUAUCACCCUCUUGAUAAAGCAUGGGCGUUCGAGCGCAUAUUCGCUCAAGCAGAGGCUUUGGCCAGUGUGCAGCUCCUAGCAUGUAUGUCGGCCAUCCUGAAACAAGCUUCCCAACGGCACCUACAGUCUCCCAAACUACCUCAACAACCGCCGACUACACAAUCAGUGGUAAAAGCCAAGCGAUCGCCGACUCGCGAAGUCGCUUCGAUAGAUAGCACAAGGUAUCCUCCUGGUAUCCCAAUACUGCAAGCCAGCUCCGUCCGCUCAGGCCAUUCCACAAAUUCACCGAGAAAGCGCCAUGGAUCUCAAAACUCCUCGCGCAAUGCCUCGCAGCCAGGCACACCAUACAUCGAUUCAUCUAACAGUACCCCUCCUCUGACUUUGCCAUCUUUGCCACGACAGAACUCCAAGCUCACUGUAUCGGGGUCAGUCAGUCCUGAGCAUCACCGCAGCAGCUUCAGCAUAGCUGCAAAGAAUUAUGCUGCCUCGAUCGCCGAAAAGCUGUCCUCAUACGGAUCGUCACCGCCUACGAAACGGCUGGGCACGAGUCCUGGAAACGAGCUUUCCACAAGUCUGCCAGAUCGGUCUACUGGCAGCUGGAGUAAGACUGUCUCUUUUGCGUCAAACCUUGAUGCUGGCAAAACAGAUCGACGCAGUUUGAGUCUCGCGCAGCAAGAUGACAAUUAUGACAGCGACAGGACUGUCGAUGACAGUCUCCCGCAUACGCCUAAGCAGUCCGGCAUAAGCGUUGUGUUCAAGACCAAGAAUGACAUGUUCUUUGGCGAGGAGCUGUUGCCCGCUCCGGAGCCACUUCUCACGGAACAGCUUGCCAUAAAAGGUCAUUCCUGGCGGCAAUCUUAUGCCGAGCAACUUCGUUCUUGGGAUAUGGUGCUUGAAGCAACCGAGCUUGAGAAUGUUGGAGCUUUCGACGAUCGUCCUGCUGAGGUUGCAGGUCCGAUUUCCGAUGCUUUCGUCAUACCCAUGGCAACGACUGGUCGACUUGCUGUUGAGUGCAGCAUUUGCUUUUGCUUGAUUCAAGCGGCGGAACAGAUGUGUCCUUCUUGCCUGCACGUCACGCAUCCAGCGUGUCUUGAAGAUGUAGUGUCGUCGAUAGAGGCUGGUGACUUUACGUGCCCGACAGGUUGUGGCUGUCAUUGCGCUACCGUGGACAUAUCGAACUUGCAAUUCACCAAUCUAGAGAACGGCACGGAGGAACAUGGGAAUAGGUUCGGCACCAGAAAGAAUCCUAGCCUUACUGAUCCUUUGCGUCUGCGGCAGUUUGAUUAUGGGAAUGGUUGA